CCCUGAAUCCAGCACUAUCGGUAGCGUCCGGUUGGGACAUGGUGGUAGCAUCACACCAGCGUAUGAAUGGGCUUGUGUUGGGCCUCCAGUGAGCUUUGCGCCCCGGGGAGCGCACACAUAAUAUUUUGGCAACAUUGUGAUUUUUUGGUUACUAUCAACCUCAAAUCUCUCCCCCUGCCCCACUUCUCCAUAGGGCUUCAGAGCUAAGGUAGCUUAGCACCAUACACUCGACUUUAACGUUAUGCUAACCGUGAUUAGCUAGCUAGCUAGCUAGCCGCUAGCAGCUUUUGUUAAUGUUGGGAUAGUUGAUCUAAAUGGGACGGAAAAUAAGACAUUCACACUUUCAACAAAGUUUACAGCGUGUGUGAUAGUUUGUUUAGAGUAAAGAGUUUCAAAAUGGAUCUUAAUUUUUACUCUGACCUGUCGGACGGUUGUGCUCAAAAUGUUGAUUCUGAGUUUUUGGACACCCAAGCUUAUGGGGGAUACUCAGAGGAAAAUAAGUUUCCAGAAGGCAGCGACAGCUAUCUCACCAUCAAUGGGGCAGGCCACCCUUUCUUGUCCGCUGAGCAGACAUUCCAUACUCCCAGUCUCGGGGAUGAGGUUUUUGAGAUUCCCCCCAUCUCCCUUGAUCCAGACCCGACUCUAAGCAUCAGUGAUGCAGUGUCCCACUUUGAGUUGACUGAUGGGUCAGACGGCACCGGGGGACCUUCGGCCUCCCGUAGCCUAGUCAGCAACCUGGUGGUUGAGGCCAAUGACCCUUCCUUCGCCUCCACCUUUGUGAACUCUGGGUCUCAAGGCCUGGAGCAGCUGAACUUGGGCGGAAUGGGCCAGACUGGAGGGGGAGCCCUGCUGAGCUCCUCUGCACUGGAACUGGGGAACUCCAGUGGUUCCCAUUUCAGCAGUUCGUCCCCAAUGACCAUUGAUGUCCAGCUUGGAGACAUCGGUCAUGGUCUUUUGGGAAGCAGUCACCUGUCCACUAUAAACCAGACUGAGCUGGCGAUGGGUCUUGGGGGUGAAAACAUUAGGCAUCAUUCAGAGACACCUGAGCAGCCACUGUCUGCAACGCCAUCACCAGCUGGCUCCCUCCAGGAUGAAGACAUGGAUGACUUCAAGAGGAGUGUGCUGGUCGACUCCCCGAUGUCUCUCUCCUCUUCCUCUGCCCUCUCCCACAUGUCCUCCCACCCACUCCAUACGUCUUCUGUGUCUCCGGCUACGGCCAGGAGGGGCGGGGGUAAGCCGGCGGCACUGGCCUCAGUGACUGGGGCGGUGGGCGCUAAGAAAGGAAGGAAGAAGAAAGACCCGAACGAACCACAGAAGCCCGUUUCAGCGUACGCCCUGUUCUUCAGAGACACCCAGGCAGCCAUUAAGGGCCAGAACCCCAACGCCUCUUUUGGGGAGGUGUCAAAGAUAGUGGCCUCUAUGUGGGACAGCCUGGCUGAGGAACAGAAACAGGUGUAUAAGAGAAAGACAGAAGCAGCCAAAAGGGAGUAUUUGAAAGCACUGGCAGCUUAUAGAGCCAACCAGCUCUCACAGCCUGUCACUGAGGAGAUGGAGACCGCGCCUUCACCACCUCCACCGGUGGUCAAAACGGCACCUGCAGCCCUCCUCUCUGCUGGUCAACAGGCCAUCCGCCCAGCUAACAACAGCCUGGAAGAGAACACCAUCACCAACAUUUGUGCCUCCAACAUCAUCCUGGACGUCCCGGAGAUGACCACACGAUCCCGCACGGGGGCAAACAAAGCUACUUCUCCAGCAGCUGCAGUACCCCCGGCCCAGACCAUCACCAAGAUCAUAAUCCCAAAGCACAUGUUGCAGGCGGGGGGCCAGGUGGUGACUGUGUUGCCUGGAGGGGUCCGCACUUUGCAGCCUACGCUGGUAGUGUCGGGCGCCUCUCGUCAGCCACCUCCGCUGCAGCAGAUGCAGAAUGCACCACCUCCACCACGGCUACAGCAAAUGGCGCCAGCACCUCCACCCUUACAGGCCAAGCCCCGCGAGGGGACCACCAUGCCAGGUUUCCCUGUGUCCGUCAUGGCUACACCGCCUCCUCCACUCCAGAUAAAAAUAGUCCCUGCCCCCUUGCAGGGCAAAGACACCCUGCCAAUUAUUGUCCCCAAUACAGUGGCUGUGUCAUCUACUGCGCCCACAUCUGCCCAGUCUGCAUCCCUGGUGUCAGUGCAGGUGGUGAACUCUGACACACCGGGCAAUACAGACGAGGAUGAAGUUACAGAAGUGCUGCCUUCAGAAGAGGAUGAGAUGGAGGUGAAUGGGUCCAGUGAUUCUACAACUAUGAGGAGUGUGUGCGUGAGGGUGGGCUGCAACAACCCGGCCGUAGAGAGUGACGACUGGGACAGAGAAUACUGCAGCAACGAAUGUGUGGCCACUCACUGCAGAGAUAUAUUCAGGGCGUGGUGCUCAAUCAAGAAUCAGACGAUGGCAACAGUGAAAUAAAUAGCAGCCGCUACCAAUCGCAUCAGCAGAACACUUUCACUAAGCUCGAGUGUUAAUGGUUGAAGGACAGAUGCAGAACUGGUGCAGUAGAAACGUCAAAAGUGGAUUUCAGCGCAGUGUCGUAGUUCCCUCGUUUUGUACAUGUACUGUAGAUUUAACAGUUGCUGUUCAGGACAGACUAUUCUCAAGUGUUACAUUUGAUUAUGUAUACAGCUUUUAGUCAGGCAUCAAGGAACUUUAAGGCAGCUAGAGAAGAGAUCAGCACAAUUAAGUAUUAAGUUGGUCAAGAUAAUGGUGUUCUUAGAUUUUUUUUCUAAAGCCCACACAGGUCAGUUUAUAUUUGUUGUUGUUGGAAAAGUGUUCACAAAACGCUCUAACAAAAAGGAUCAACAUUUCAACCUUUUUACAGCAGUUUGAGACAUAAUUGUACAGUUCUCACUGUUUGAUUCGUAAUUCAUGCUCUGAAGUGUUCUGGUGUUUGAGAGAAACAACUCCAGUGUUUCUGUAUUUAGCUGAAAAGUGGAGUGGAGAAACACUUUGUAUCAGUGUAUACCUUGUUUUUGUACUGCGGCACUUCAGUGGCCUUCUAGGUUUAAUAUUGCCUUCAUUUUUUUGUAAAACAUUCUGUUGAGAUCAUUGUCAGCUGUUUAAAAGAAAUGCUCAACUUUAAUGUUUUCUUAAUAAAUGAGCAUUUUGCUCAAUCAA